GCACAUGUCUGUUUUAGAUUUUUGGUGGCCUAGUUUGGAUCCUUGUGGCCUCUUCCAAAAUUCCAGAUCCACGUUUUCAAGGCUGGUUGAUGUUUGUUUCAGUCUUCUGCUUUGUUAUAACUACUUGUCUUUUCAUGUUCUACAUGUGUGGAGUUCAGGGCUGUUCAUCCUCAUGGACUGCAGUGGAUGUCGUCUACCACUUUUUUGCAGCAUUAUUGUAUAUAAGUGUUGCAAUCAUGGAGGUUAGAGACACACAUCUGUUUUUUGCCAUUCCUGAACUUUACGCAUACAACAUUUCUGCUUCAGUGUUUGCCUUCCUGGCUACCUUUCUGUACACAAUACAUGCGAUUAUAUCAACCCAUAGAUGGAAAUCAGCCUCAUGAACUUCAAGACAAGCAAUAAAUUCAAACAUCUUACUGAAGUUGCCAUUACUUUCCCUAAUAUUGAAUUGCUAAUUUUUUAUUGUAAGCGUGAUUUUUAUAUAUCACCAAGAAUGCUAAAUACAUUUAAUCGUAUGUAAAGGAGCGCUAACAUAUUAUGUUUCUCAACAUCAUGCAAAACACAUGUGAAAUCCAAGAAAUCAUGUAAAGACUUCUAAAGACUUGUGUGGAAAAGCUUUUCUUGAGUUGAGACUAUGGUAGGAAAACUCAAUGACUGGUCAAUUUUGUAUCCUCAGAGACUAGAGUGGUGGCCUGAUCAAUGUGGAAGAUCUUGUUUGUAUUUAAAGGGGAGCUUAGGAAAAAGGCAUAAAAGGUCACCUGUCUGACAAGGAGCCUAUCUGAUCUUCCUAUUUAUGUGGACAGGAAACUAGGAAGGCACCCUAAAUACUGUGCAAUCCUUCUGUCCAGUCUUCUUCCACAUCGUUCACCCAGGAGAAGCUUCGCACUAAAACACUGCAUGAGAAGAAUCAGCCAGUAGUUCUCAAUCAUUAUCUUGGCAUUUACAAGAAUGUUAUUGCAUUGUUUUUUACAUUUAAAAAGACAUUGGGAUCUUUUGUCUAUUUUGUUUAAUUGAUUUGCAACAGUUUAGCAUUUUGCUGUAAGAUGAAUUGACCAAAAUCAAAUAUUCCUACUCUCAUGUUCACAUAUGUGUAAAGCAUUUUUGGGGUUUAUCAAUAUUUGUUAAUAAAAGUCCUCUAUCAAA